GCGCUUUGGAACAAAUCACGUUCCGUUGCCAUGGCUCAAAUCGUUGUCAUGGGCGCAUGCGCGUCACCGUGAGGCAGCGCGAGAAGAUGGCCGACGUCUCUCUGGAUGAAGUGAUACGACAGCGCGGUAUUAACCUCAAAGCUACAGCUAAACGACCAAUGUUUGGACGGGGUGCAGGAGGAGUUGGCAGGAGCUUUGAUGCUCGUCAAAAGAUUGGGGCCAAUGAUGUCAGACAGCGGCUUGGAGGAGGAGGAGGAGGAGGAGCAGGAGGAGCAGGAGCAGGUUUUCAAGUGAAAGAUGCCAGAGAAAAGCUGGGUCAGAAGGAUGCUCGCUUUAAAAUCCGUGGCAGGGGAGGAGCAGGAGGGGUGCAGGACGCUCGUCAGAUGAUCAACUCACGCAAACAGGGGCAGAAUCAGUUUGGCGUCCCUCCACAGACCAUGCAAAAGAUGGCAGUAACGCACAAUCUGCAGGGCCAGUUGCUUGUGCCACAGAUACAGAUACAGACCAACAACAAUCUUGCCGGCAUGAACACAAGGCAGUUUUCCCCCAAUGUACAAGGACUGAGUGUGAGGGGCGGCGCAACGCCACAGCUAAGCAAUAAUAAGAGAAUGAUGGAUGCUCGUGAUAGACUGAGCCUCAAGAGGAGCAUUGGAGGGACACCGACACAGGCAGGCGUUGCACCACCCCUAAAAAUAACCAAGACCAUCCAGCAACGUCCAGUCGGAGUAGGGAUGUCAAGUGGAAUACGUGCAGCUAUACAGCCUCUCUUAAAUGAGCAUGAUGGCGCCCACAGUAAACACAUAAAGAUCACUACAGCUAAUAAUAUGCCACAAUCGCGGCCUGGUACAGUGGGCUCUACAUUCUCCAUGUCAGGCCCAAUCACCAAGGUGGUUAAAAAUGAUGCUUACACAGCCCCACGUCCUCCCGUCCCUGUGGCUCCCACCCGGCCCCACACCAGCAUGUCUGCUACCCGGUCCUCCCCUGCAGCCUUACAGCCAGUCUCCAGGACUCUCCAGCAAAGCACAGCAGAAACCAGCACAGCAGCUCCUGCUCCCCCUCAGCCUGCUUUCAGUCCUUUGGAGGGGACAAAAAUAACGGUGAACAACCUGCACCCCCGGGUCACCGAGGAAGACAUAGUUGAGCUGUUCUGCGUGUGCGGGGCCUUGAAGCGAGCACGGCUGGUGAAGGUGGGCGUGGCUGAAGUGGUGUUUGUGCGUAAAGAGGACGCUGUGAGCGCAUACAGGAAGUACAACAAUCGCUGCCUGGAUGGCCAACCCAUGAAGUGUAACCUUCAUAUUCAGGGAAAUGUCAUCACUUCUGAUCAGCCUAUUCUAUUGAGGCUCAGUGACACUCCAGGCGCAAGCGGCGGUACAAAGAAAGACGGCCUGCCCCCCUCCCUGUCUCGCCCCGUCGGUCAGCGAGCCUCCUCUCAACCUACUCCAGAGGUGGACCCUCAGACCAUCCUCAAAGCUCUGUUCAAGUCCACCGUGCAGUCCACCUCCACCACCGAGCCCCCCAGCUCACAGGCCACCGCCUUUCGCAUCAAGAUAUAGCUCAUGUCUCGUGUGAAUACACUGUCUCUUCAUAAACAUAUUACUGCAUUCUCAGUGUUCGCAAUACAAAACUGUGGUUUUCAUCUUGACAGCUGGCCGCCCCACAUUCUCUCAUAUGAAACCGAUUUUUACACAUUUGAUAUACAUGACUUCUCUGAAACGGGAAAUUCGUGGAUGCGCAAAACCGUGUUCUUAGUUUUGCGGUAUCCAAAUGUUACCCGUUUGUUCCUGAGACGGACUAGUGGAAGGAAGUGUGAUGUGAUUUGUUGUUUUAAUCCAUUGUGGUGGGGGAUGCCAAAUCAAAUUGGAUGAGUAAGGAUUUUUUUUUUUUUUUUUCGUCAAUUCAAUACCAGCUUGUUUGGAUAUGUUGAGUUUCUUUUAAUACUCCUGUUUAUCUCCACCCGCCCUUAUGUCCCCAAAAGAAAUGGGCAAAAAAAAAAAGGAGACCUAAAAAACGAAUAGACAGACACUGAGCAGCAUUGUCAUUGUUGAGAGAAACAUUAUGUUUAAAGCUCUGUACAUCCACACAGGUGUAUUCAGUCAUAUUGCCUGUACCUCUUUUUGUGUUUUCUAGGUGUGCACUGACCAUAGAAAUAAAACGGAAUGUAGACCAAGUAAAAUAUUAGAUACCAUGUCUGUCUGAGUAGGCAGGACAAUGAAGUUGUCUUCAGCAAAUCCUCGCCAGAAGUCUACCCAACUUCCAUCUGAAAAGAGGCCCUCUAAGGCAAAACGACUGAAAACACUUGUGUGAGUAAAUCAGGGAUUGACAGACACUAUAAUACUAUUUCAGUACCAGUUUUCACACAGUCAUAUUAUGUUGAUAAUUUCUUUGUUUUUACCAUCCUUGUGGCAUCCAGAUUCUAGCGUGCUCUACUUGUGACUGGUUUUACUUGGUUGUCCAGUUUUGAAGCAGUAUAUGUUUAAUUCUUCCUAGUAUACAUUACACUUGAUUUCUGUUCAAAGACUGUAAAUUACUUUGUUGCUUUUCUUGGUAUGUCAGUCAAAGACUAGAGAGGCGGAUCUGUCUGUGAAAUGUUGCCAUUAAAUAUUUAGCUUUGUA